AUGGAUACGAAGUCUACAGCACUAGAGUCAUCGGAAGCAGAAAGAACUGAAAAAGAAGAAUGGUCUAGAAGUCGUCGUGUGAAGCCACCUAUAAGUGACAGUGUAAAAAUGGGACAAGAUAUCGACAGACUAAACAAUGAAUCACAGAAGUUCGCUAAAAAACACGGUCUUGAUUUGACACGAUUAGAGUAUGUCAGACAGUUAGCGAUGGAUGGAGUUGAGGGCGAUUUCUUGUUUCGGGAACUUGAAAAUGAUUCUGUGAAAACUUCGCUGGACUCAUCGGAGACAACUCUUGACAGUGGUUCAGGGCGGCCAAGUUCUUCAAGUACACUUGCUGACCGUGGUGAAGUGCCUCAUUCGACGAGUAGGCAAGCACAGCGAUGGAUUUCGAAGGAAAUACAAAGCAGAUUCAAUGCUUCAUGGGAUAUUUUUCCCGAUCAGAAUAGAAGUGGCAUGGAAUCUGCGGACUAUGUCGUAGAUGACAUGUCGUCCGGUAAGUUUGCAACUUCAUAUCAAGUGCUUCAAGAUUUUUAG